GGCCCUGGACCGUGACCAGGUCUUCACCAAAUACUUGACAAUGCUGAAGGAUGUUAAGUACAAGCAGGGCAGUCAAGGUACCAUUGCUGGAUUGGGACCAGAUGAAUUUGCUGUCGUUCCGUACUUCUGGCUUUUCAAACUCGACGAAGGUGUAUUAAACCAGCAGGACAUUCACUCGCGUGAUAUCGAUAUCCUGACGCUGUUUACCUAGAUACGAUCUUGACGCUGUACCCCGAGCGGUGGGACCAAACCAGCGAGGCCAAGUUGCACAUGCACCUGCCCAACGAAAUAUCCAACAGUAGUGACACCCAACGCUUGGAUAUCAACAUGAUUCACAUUGCAGAGCACCUAAUCCGGUCUUGUAUGGAUUUCGAGGCCUCUACCUUCUUCAAGUGGAAGCUGCCGCGGACGGAGAGAAGACUCCGGGCGACGCCGAACCAAGACGAUACACAAAUAUCGUACACUACAGCCUUCGCAGACUCAAUUGGAAGCCUGUACCUCAAGGUCAUUGAUUGUUACAACCAGCUGCAAAAGGGCCUCGGCUCGCUGAGCCUGGACGCGACCGUCUUCUACCGCACCACGGGACACGCGACCAAACUGCUAGUGGAGAUGGACGACAUCAUCGGCGAGAUCGGAAUGAUCCGGCGAAUCCAGACGAGCCAGGCCGGCGCCGCCAAGACGCUCUCGACCGCCAUCUGGGGUAACCUGAGCCAACUCAGGUAUCUCCCCCGAGAUGACGAGGAUCCCAGUGAACAGCGGGAGGUGCUAGAGGCCCAAGACGAGCGGGUGGAGAAGAGGCGGAAGAGGGAAGAGCUGUAUACCCUGGCAGCCAUCAGGCCGCUUCUCGAGUCGUUCUCUCUGCUGGAGGCCGACGCGGUGCGGGUACGGUCCAUGCUAACCACCCUCCUCGACCUCCGGCACCGCGAAGCAGCGAUAGAGAAUGUGUUGUCCGGGAAGUCGCAGAGCACAAUGCUCUUCAUCUUCACCACCAUCACGGUCCUGUUUGCACCCCUGUCGUUCGUCUCGAGCCUGCUUGCCCUCGAGAUCGAAGACCUGCCCGGCAUCUGGAGGAGAAGUCCGCUAGCAGCCGUUUUCGUCUACGCCACGCUCGCAACCAUGGCCCUCUGCACCCUGAUGUGGCUCAUAUACAAGCUCGUCGCGUACCAGGUUGCCCUGUGUCGCAACGAGCUCCCUCCCACGUCAAUGGACGGGCAGAUAUCGAAGGCGGACGAGAGGGGACAGGGGGCUGCUCGAAGAGCGAAUCGCUUCCCCGGGAAUGGAAGACGUUUAAGGGUUACGCCUGGGAGGGGUUGAAGUGCGAUGAAGAUGCCACGCUGACGUUCGGGAAAACUGUACAAGGGGGUUGGUUGCGUUUCCUUCCGGGGCGUGUUGAUGUAUCAUGUAUGCUCGGUACAGUGAUGGGGAUGAACCGGGGAAGUGGGGAGGGGAAUUCGCCGGGAGCCGGCAGGAUGACGUCUCCGGGUAUUUGUCUUCAGCACUCUCAAAGAUUGUCGAAUCGCAAGGAGGUUCCCAAAGAGGGCGCCGACCCACUUCCAGAGAAGGAGGCGGCGUUGGGGGCCAUCUUGGGAUCAAUAUGAUACCUAUCAAGAGAAAGAUGCGUGCCAAGGAAGGCCGGAAGCCUUCAACCACUCAAGCGCAGAGCAGCCCCUUGGUUGCCUAAUUCCGUCCUGCGU